AGUUGGUGCCACAGAUUAACGGACCCGUUUGUAGUUUUCGGAUUUUCGGGUUUUCAUGGACGGAAACUAGACUUUCCGCCCGUCAGCUGACAAAAUGGACAAAACACAGACUGUGAAAAGCUUCAGCGACGCAUCUUAAAUUUAGCGGCGAGGAUUCAGGACAGCUGUGAGUCAACUUGGUCGAGUUUUUUCCGCUGUUGAAGGCUCCCUGUGAGAGUUUAACCAUGGUGCAGGAGUACCAGUCCCCCGUACGGGUCUACAAGCAUCCAUUUGAGCUGAUAAUGGCGGCCUAUGUGAGGAGGUUCCCAAAGUCCCACCUGAUCCCAGUGUUUGUGGGCAGUGAGAUCAUCAGCGAGACCCAAAGCAAGGAUGGAUCCACUGUGGUUACUGAGAGGCGCUGCAUGAUCGACAUCGAGGCCCCUCGCCUUCUUAAACGGAUUGCUGGCGUAGACUUCUUGUAUUUUAUCCAAAAGAACACUCUAAACCGCAAAGACAGGACGCUCCAAAUUGAAGUCCACAAUGAGACCUUUUCCAGCAGGGUCAUUGUCCGUGAGUGCUGCAACUACUCGGUUCAUCCAGAGAAUGAGGACUGGACGUGCUUCGAACAAACAGCCAGUCUGGAUAUCAAGUCCUUUUUUGGCUUUGAGAGCACGGCAGAGAAGAUAGCUAUGAAACAAUAUGCUAGCAGCAUUAAAAAGGGUAAAGAAAUUAUUGAGUACUACCUCAGAGAGCUGGAGGAAGAAGGAAUAACGUACAUACCUCGUUGGACCCCCCCUGUUGUUUCUUGCUCCGCCAGGCUUCAGUCCCUGCCCUGCUCAACUGCUCGAGCCAUCCCAGGGAACGCUGCUAAGAGUGGACCAGACAGUAAAGACCCGGCCUCUCCCACAGAGCUCGUGGCUGGCUCUCCUGACGACAAACUGGAUGCUGAUUACAUCAGACGUUACCUAGGUGAUUUAACGCCUCUGCAGGAGAGCUGUCUUAUUCGACUGCGCCAGUGGCUCCAGGAAACCCACAAGGGCAAGAUUCCAAAGGAUCAGCAUGUGCUGCGCUUCCUGAGGGCGAGAGAUUUCAACCUGGACAAGGCCAGAGAGUUCUUGUGUCAGUCCCUCACCUGGAGGAAGCAGCAUCAGGUAGAUUUCCUGUUAGACACAUGGGAGCGCCCACAACUGCUUCAGGACUAUUACACCGGAGGUUGGCACCACCACGACAGAGGUGGCCGUCCUCUGUAUAUCUUGCGUUUGGGGCAAAUGGACACUAAGGGCUUGGUACGAGCCUUGGGAGAGGAGGUGCUACUGAGACAGGUCCUGUCCAUAAACGAGGAGGGACUGAGACGUUGUGAAGAAAACACCAGAGUCUUCGGUCGACCCAUUAGCUGCUGGACUUGCCUGGUGGAUCUGGAAGGUCUAAACAUGCGUCACCUGUGGAGGCCGGGCGUGAAGGCUCUGCUGAGAAUCAUCGAGGUGGUGGAGGCCAACUACCCAGAGACUCUGGGUCGCCUGCUCAUACUGAGGGCGCCCAGAGUUUUCCCAGUGCUCUGGACCCUGGUCAGCCCUCUGAUCGACGAGAAUACCCGGAAGAAGUUCCUUGUUUACGGAGGAAACGACUACCAGGAUCCGGGAGGAUUGGUGGACUAUAUUGACAAAGAAAUCAUCCCAGACUUCUUGGGAGGAGACUGCAUGUGUGACAUCCCUGAGGGAGGCGUGGUCCCCAAAUCUUUGUACCGGACAGCAGAGGAGCUGGAGAGUGAGGAGCACCGCCUGCUGACGGACUCCAUCUAUAAGAGCGCCAGUAUUUUCAAGGGAGCGCCAUAUGAGAUGCUGAUCGAUAUCACAGAGGCUUCCUCCGUCAUCACCUGGGACUUCGACGUGUCUAAAGGAGACGUGAUCUUCAAAAUCUACCACUCCAAGAGGGCCCCACAGCCCCAAAAGAAAGACACUCUCGGAGCCCACGGCAUCACGUCCCUCGGGGCCGUUAACGCCCAGCUGAUUGACAGGAACUGGGUGCUCGGCCAGGACUACAGCAUGGUGGAGAAAGCUCUCACCUGCAAGGAGGGAGAGAGCGUUCAGGGCUCCCACGUAACUCGCUGGCCAGGCUUCUACAUCCUGCAGUGGCGCUUCCACAGCUCCCCGGCCUGCUCCGCCUCCAGCCUGCCUCGCGUUGAUGAUGUGCUGGCCUCGCUGCAGGUCUCCUCCCACAAGUGUAAGAUCAUGUAUUACACCGAGGUGCUGGCAUCCCACGAUUUCAGGGGAUCUAUGACCAGUUUGGAGUCGAGUCAUAGUGGUUUCUCACAGCUCAGUGCUGCCACUACCUCCUCUAGCCAAUCACACGCCAGCUCCACCGUGUCAAGGUAGCAUCUGCCCGGCAGGUGUCAAUGACAGCAGCGACCUCAAACCUACUGACAUCCUACUCCGACUGUGCCUUACGCCUUCAUACAGAGGAAGCCUUACACUCAGUAAUGAGAAUUUGAUCUGACAGUUGAAGGUGAGGAGAGAAUUACUGAAAUGUUUUUAAAAAAUAAAUAUUUUCAUUAUCAUAGUUACUGUUGUUUCAGUAGAACCAGUGAAGUUUCAUGGGUCUGUUUCCACUGAAUAAUGUAUUUAAAAUAUCAGUUUCUGGUGCACAUGAUAACUGACUUGUUUUUGUGUAUGAAUAAUAAUACUGUAAAUCAUAACAAAUCCAAUACACAGUGCAAAUGUCAAAUAUCUGAUUUUUAGAUAUAUCCUUUCCGUUUCCAUGACAUCUCCUGUGCAUCCGCUGUGCGCCAGCCACAACAUUAAAACCAGUAACAAGUGAAUAACAUUGAUCAUGUUUUAAUGCAAUGCUGGGAAACCUUGGAUCCUGGGUGCUGCCUCUUGACAUGCACUCACACACCCUCCGAUGGCAAAGACACUCCCUGAUGGCAGUCAGUGUCUCUCCCAGCAGGACAAUGCACCAUGUAGCACCAUAAAAAGUUCCCAGGGAUGGCCAGAGGAACACGACAAAGACUUUUAAGGCGCCGAAGAUACCACAUGAACAGCCGUGUCUCUGUCAUGGUGCCAGAUGGCGCAACUUAAACCACAUGAACUAAACCAAAGUUCCAGCUCACACCAGGAUACUCUGGUUAAAACUUAUUUAAUUGGCAGCUUGCCUUAAAAAAAGUGGCAUUUUGUGAUGGUUCAUCAGAUUCGCUCUAUGCUUUAUUGCCAUCAGUAAAGGUUCUGCACUUGUCGUUCGACCAUUCAAAGCGCUUUCACACUCCGAGUCACAUUCACCAUAUUGUGCCACAUGGGUGUCAAAUUCAGUGGGCAAGUCAUAUUACACAGGUUGGACAGAGAGAGGCGACAAUCGAGGAGUCUGUAGAGAAAUCUUCUGAAAAACAGCAUGCAGGGGGCUCGUUUUGGUGCAUGCUUGUUUUUUUUUUGUUAAAACAACAUAAGUUUGCAGGUAAUCAAUGUAAGCCGUGAUUUUUUUCCCUCUACUGUUUACUUCUGUUGUGCAUUGUGUAACUCCUUCUGUUGAUGACACAUCCUUGUUUACAGUCGUUCCACUUCGCUCCAAGAAUCCUGAAGGGAACUGGUUCAAGAAUCAGAGCAAAUUUGGGGGAAAACAGGGUCUCUGCAGAUCCUUAAAAAGUCAUAAAAGGCAUUGAAUUCAUCGGUCUUAAAGUAAGGCCUUAAUUGGUAUUUAAAUUACUUAAAGCUUUCACAAGUCUUAAAAAUGCUCAGACAUGGGAAGUGGGAUUUUAUAAAUCAUUUUCUCUGCCUUUGUGUUGUAAAAUCUCAAAAAACUUUGUGAAAUAAUUGAAUGAAUUCCUUUACUUAAACUCAUCAUGAUAGGAAUCCAGACAAUGUAAUCUCACAAGCAGAGUGAAAAACACAAAAUCACCCAAAAAAAAAAAAAAAGACAGAAGUGCCAGUUAUUUCCCACUUCUGUUGGUAAUGACGAUAAUGAUGAUAUAAUAUAUUCAUGGUCUUCCAAGUGUUUCACUCAAAAAGGGGGUUUUAUAAUGACAUUUGGCGUAGAUAAUCUAACUUUUUCACUGGACAAAAAAUUGGAUGUUUUGUCAUUAUAAACAUUUUGGCAAAAUAAAAUUGUCCUUCAAUUUUGAUUAUUAGAAAAUUAGCCUUGAACUUCAUUCCAUGGGGCAUUAAAACAAGUCUUAAAAAGUCUUAAAUCUAACAUGCGUUGAGCUGCAGGGACCCUGGGAAAAGGGGUAACGGUGGAUCGGAGUUAGUUCGGGGUACCAGCACAUCCUGCUGCUCAGUGGGAUUUGAAUCCGGGGGAAUUUGGAGGCCAGGUUGAUGCCUUGAGCUCUUUGUCAAGUUCCUCAGGCCAUCCGUGAGCGUUUUUUGCAGUGUGACAUUGCCCAGUAUCCUUCUGGGAAGGGGGCCACUGCCAUCAGGGAGUGCUGUGACCAUGAGGGGUGUACUCGGUCUGCAGCGGUGUCUGGGUGGGUGGUGGGACCACAUUUUCCCAGCAGAACAUUGCAUUGUAACGACAUGAUCAGUUAACUUGUCCUGUCAGUAGUUUUAAUGUUGUGGCUGAUCCGUGUUUAUCAACCAGCUUCUGUCCCUGAAGCUGCGUUCAUCGUCCACAAGAUGUCAGCGCACUCUGUGAUUUAACUGCUCUCACAUCUGCAGUGUAGUCGGCACAUCCGUUUCCACUCUCUCUCUUCGUCUGGUCCUCUAAGAAAUCAAAUCAAGAAUUGUUUAAAUAAAGAAUUUAUCACGAGCAUUAACGCUGGUGUUACUGCA